ACCUCUACAGCACAGAGAUCCAGCUAUGGUACCUACAAUCACUUCAGCUAUGAUCUACUCUAAGGAGCACCUGACUCUGACAAACAAGCUAAGAAAGCCAGUGGUGGAGAAGUUACGCAGAGAUCGUAUCAACAACAGCAUUGAGCAGCUCAAGUCUCUCCUGGUUCCAGAGAUCCUCAACCAGCAGCCCGACUCCAAGCUGGACAAAGCCGACAUCCUGGAGAUGACAGUUUGCAUCCUGAGACAACAGCAACAGAACCAGUCAGUGAGCUCCUCCUCCUGCUCAGCACCUGUCAAUCAGGGUUACUCCAGGUGUGUCCAAGAGAUUGUUCACUUCCUGUCUAAAGAUGAGCUGAAGACACAGUCCCAGAGAAGACUGCUGAGCCACUUCCAGAGCCUGCAGCCAUCCUCUGAUAAGAACAGGAGGGAGAUUGGCCUUCCUCAGCUGAGCUCCCCAGCCCAGCACAGCAUCAGCAAAGACAAGAGUCCAGUCAACAUCACCCUCUGGAGGCCCUGGUAGAGACCUACAGACUGGAGCUCCACUCAGACAAACACAAUGGAUGGACCAUAUUGGUCUAAGAUUAAUUUCGUGGACAUUAAUGAGUAUAAUAAAAUAUCUUCUUCAUCUUCUGCUUAUGCAGAAGGUUUUUAAAGUCUUCCAGUGAGACAAUUAAAGUUGUACUGAACAAGUUAACGUUUUCUGAGAAAAUGAUCAAAUCGAUAAUUGAAAUAACGUUAAUGUUUUGUGAAACGUGUUGAUUAUAUUGAUCAUGUGUUAAUAUUCAUGAUCAACAAUAAUUGUAAUGCUCCUCCAUGAGAACUUUUAACCCACAAUAGAUAUUAUAUAAUCAAUCUGUUUGUGAUUAUCUAUGACUGAUCUGUUUAAAGGUCAAAAUGUACAAGACAAAAACCUAUUGCCACUACAUUUGUGUAGUGCUAGAGUCAUAUUGACAUUGUAUUGAGCAUCUUCUGUGAAGCAUGUAUCAGUUAUAUAUUUGAUAUUGAUCAACUUGAGCUACAGCAUCAAUGUUCCUCCAGGAGGAUUAUUUACCCAAACUGGGUAUUAUACCUUUUAUCAUCACUCUGUGAUUAGCAGUGUUUGAUCUGUUUUUCAGAAAAUGUUGCUCACAUUAAAUUAAUAAUUUGUAUAUUGCAUUGAAAAACCCUUUAUUUAAAACAAUUGUAUCGUAUUUUAUAAAGACAGUCAUUGUGUAUCUUGUACUCUGAUAGGGUAUCAUGUCUUGGAGAUUUGUACAGGUUCUUGUUGUGAUGUUUAAUCACUUUAUUUCUGUUGAAAUAUUUACCGUAAAUUAAGGUAUUCAAUGAUGUGACUCAGUGAGUCAGUUUGAAUAAAUACACAAUGUUUCAUCGAACGAAA